CCUGCCUCUCUUCCGCCUGCAAAUGAUCAGCUGGGAUUCAUGCUGGGAUCGCUGCCACUUGUGCUGCGUUUAGGAUCCUCCUAACCUCCAGCUCCUCUCCUUCCAGGCUCACAGCACCGCACACCCUGAACCCCGGGCAGGGAUGGCAGAAUGUGUCAUCUGCCGCCUGACCGCCUACUUGGAAGAGCUCGAGGCGGUGGAACUGAAGAAGUUCAAGUUGUACCUGGGGAAUGUGGCAGAGCUGGGGGAAGGCAAGAUCCCCUGGGGACGUAUGGAGACGGCCGGCCCUCUGGAAAUGGCCCAACUCCUUGUGGCCCAUCGAGGGUCAGGAGAGGCCUGGCUGCUGGCUCUGAGCCUCUUUGACCAGAUCAACAGGAAGGACCUGUGGGAGCAAGGACAGAGAGAGCUCCUGGGGAGAGAUGCCCCACCUGGUGGCCCGUCCUCACUGGGAAGGCAGUCAGGAUGUCUUCUGGAAGUCUCUUCUGGCACUCCAAGGAAAGGUUCCCAGGAAACCUACCGGGACUACGUGCGGAGGAAAUUCCGGCUGAUGGAAGACCGCAAUGCCCGCCUGGGAGAAUAUGUCAACAUCAGCCACCGGUACACAAGGCUGGUCCUGGUGAAGUCACACUCCAGUUCUAAGCGGGCCCAGCAGAAGCUUCUGGCCAUGGGCUGGGGGCACACAGGAACCGUGGUGUAUCAGGCCAGCCCCAUCCAGGUGGAGACCCUCUUCGAGCCAGACGAGGAGCGGCCAGAGCCACCUCGCACUGUGGUCCUACAAGGGGCAGCAGGGAUGGGCAAGUCCAUGCUGGCCCACAAGCUGAUGCUGGACUGGGCCGAAGGGAGGCUCUUCCAAGGCAGGUUUGAUUAUCUCUUCUACAUCAACUGCAGGGAGAUGAACCAGAGCACCAAACGCAGCCUGCGAGAUCUCAUCUUCAGCUGCUGGCCUGACCUAAGCAUGCCCCAGGAGCUCGUCCGGGUUCCUGAGCGCCUCCUUUUCAUCAUUGACGGCUUUGAUGAGCUCAAACCCUCUUUCCACGACCCUCAGGGCCCUUGGUGCCUCUGCUGGGAGGAGAAACAGCCCACAGAGCUUCUCCUGAGCAGCUUGAUUCAGAAGAAGCUGCUUCCUGAGCUGUCUUUACUGAUCACCACUCGGCCCACAGCUUUGGAGAAACUCCAUCGCUUGCUGGAGCACCCCCGGCAUGUUGAGAUCCUGGGCUUCUCCGAGGCAGAGAGGAAGGAGUAUUUCUACAAGUAUUUCCGCAACGCGGAGCAGGCCGCCCAGGUCUUCAACUUCGUGAGAGACAAUGAGCCUCUCUUCACCAUGUGCUUUGUCCCCAUGGUGUGCUGGGUCAUUUGCACCUGUCUCAAGCAGCAGCUGGAGGAUGGGGAGCUUUUGAGACAGACAUCCAGGACCACUACAGCUGUGUACAUGCUCUACCUUCUGAGUCUGAUGCAACCCAAGCCAGGGACCCCCUCCCACCUGCCCCCACCCAACCAGAGAGCGCUGUGCUCCUUGGCAGUGGAUGGCCUCUGGAAUCAGAAGAUACUGUUUGAGGAGCAGGACCUCCGGAGACACGGCCUCGAUGGGGCAGAUGUCUCUGCCUUCCUCAACAUGAACAUCUUCCAGAAGGACAUCAACUGUGAAAAGUUCUACAGCUUCAUCCACUUGAGUUUCCAGGAAUUCUUUGCCGCCAUGUACUAUAUCCUAGAUGGUAGGGAUAGUGGAUCAGGCCCAGAGCGGAAUGUGAAUAGGCUGUUGGCUGAGUACGGAUUGUCCGAGAGGAGCUUCUUGGCACUCACGGUCCACUUCCUGUUUGGACUCCUGAAUGAGGAGACACGAAGCUACUUGGAGAAGAGUCUUUUCUGGAAGGUCUCGCCACACAUCAAGAUGGAACUGUUGAAGUGGAUCCAGAGCAAAGCCCAGAGUGAGGGUUCAACCCUGCAGCAAGGCUCUUUGGAGUUCUUCAGCUGUUUGUAUGAGAUCCAGGAGGAGGAGUUCAUCCAGCAGGCCCUGAGCCACUUCCAAGUGGUCGUGGUCAGCAACAUCACCACCAAGAUGGAGCACAUGGCCUCUUCGUUUUGUGUGAAGAAUUGCAGGAAUGUCCAGGUGCUGCACCUGUAUGGGGCCACCUUCAGUGCAGAUGAAGAUGGGGUGAGAGGGACUUCAGGGCCCCAGAAGCCACUGGCACCGAUACCAGAGAGGAACAUUCUGCCCGACACCUACAGUAGACACCUCACUGCUGCCCUGCACGCCAAUCCUCAUCUAAUAGAGCUGGCUUUGUACCGCAACGCCCUGGGGAGCCGGGGGGUGAAGCUGCUGUGUCAGGGGCUCGGACACCCCAACUGCCAACUUCAGAACCUGAGGCUGAAGAGGUGUGGAGUCUCCAGCUCUGCCUGUCAAGACCUUGCAGCAGCUCUGAUAGCCAAUAAGAAUUUAAUAAGGAUGGACCUAAGUAGCAACAAUCUCGGGCUACCAGGCAUGGCACUGCUUUGUGAGGGGCUCCGACAUCCCAAAUGCAGACUGCAGAUGAUUCAGUUGAGGAAGUGUCAGCUGGAUCCUGGGGCUUGUCAGGAGCUGGCCUCUGUGCUCAGCUGCAGCCGGCAUCUGGUGGAGAUGGACCUCACCGGCAACGCCCUGGGGGACGUGGGGCUGAGGCUGCUGUGUCAGGGCUUGCAGCAUCCAGCCUGCAGGCUCCGCACCUUGUGGUUGAAGAUUUGCCACCUCACAGCAGGUGCCUGUGAGGACCUGGCUUCCACUCUGGGUGUGAACCAGAGCCUGACAGAGCUGGACCUGAGCCUGAAUGAGCUGGGAGACCGCGGGGUGCAGCUGCUGUGCGAGGGCCUCAGGCAUCCUAAGUGCAGACUCCAGACCCUCCGGUUGGGCAUCUGCAGGCUCGGCUCUGCCGCCUGUGAGGGUCUCUCCGCUGUGCUCCAGGCCAACCGACACCUCUGGGAGCUGGACCUGAGUUUCAACGACCUGGGAGACAGGGGCCUGCAGCUGCUGUGCGAGGGUCUGCACCACCCCACCUGCAGACUCCAGAAACUGUGGCUGGAUAGCUGUGGCCUCACUGCCAAAGCUUGUGAGGAUCUUUCGUCCACCCUGGAAGCCAACCAGACCCUGAUGGAGCUCUACCUGACCCACAAUGCCUUGCAGGACACAGGUGUCCGGCUGCUGUGCAAGAGGCUCAGUCAUCCUGGCUGCAAACUUCGAGUCCUCUGGUUGUUUGGAAUGGACCUGAAUAAAAUGACCCAAAGGGCGUUGGCAGCACUUCGUGUGAAGAAACCUUACUUAGAUAUUGGUUGUUGAUCAGGCACUUCUGUUGCUUUAAUACAAAAGAAUGAUGGGGUGAAAGAGAUCACUACCCAGGACCCAUUUAUCAACAUAGCAGUCUUAACAGUCCAAACCGCAGACUGAGACUAGCCGUUUCUACUGGCAGGUCUGAGAAACCAGCUUAUGAUGGAAACAGUUCUGAUGGGGAGAACUUUGAACUUAGGACAGGUAUGGCUGAUUAUAAGACACUUUAGGGAAUGCAAAACUCAUAAUAGGGAAUUCAAAAGCCUCCAGUGGUGGCUGCCUAUUGAGGGCACAGGAAAGCACCAGCCAUAUCCAACCAAAAAUGGACAGUGCCCAGACUGACAAAACUGUGCCUAGAACACAGAAUCUGAAGGCACUACACAGUUGGGCCUACUAGACACAUCCACUCCUAAGAUGCUAUCAACAGCCUUUGUUCAAAGGAUGAAGACAUUUCUACCGUGAUUCUGUCAUCUCACUGGGACAUUGAGAUCUGACACCUACUCAUUGUUGGCCCAUCUGUAAACUGGCCAAUAACCGAGGUGUGCCCUGGAUGAAAACAUCAAAUGGACCGACUUCACUAUUGGAAAUUUGAACAAAGAAACUAAGCCCAAUGGCAUUGGGGAAUUAAGUUCCCAGGAACAUCAUGAGGUAACUCUAAGCAUGUCACACAGAAGACAUAUACUGGCAACAUGUUUUGUAAGAGGAAGCCAAAGGAAGAUUUUUAGGACUGGAGAAGGCAGCUGAUUUCAUCUCCAUCCAUAGACCUGUUCCUGAGUCCCGUUCCUCUGGGCACUGAUGAAUGCCCUAUCAGCGCACAACUGCCCCUUGAAAGUGUUAACAAUUGGGCUCCUCAAAAUAUGUGGUUACCUGGAUUCUAGAAUCCUUUCCACAGGUGCUUCUGUAAGAAGCUCUGCCACAGCAAGGUCAACUAGUGUCUGGUUACAACAGAGUCUGGUUGCAACAGCUUCAGUCUCCUCUUAUUUUUGUUCCUUCCUCAGUCUUGAGGGAUAUGGGACGAUGACCGUUCUGGCUGCUUCAGGCUGUGAAGGGACGUAGAUAUUAUGGGGCAGAGGAAUGGAACUGUUUUGCUUGUAGUUGAAGAUAUGAGAUCCUGGUGGUUCUUCUUGGAGGGACUGGUACCCCUGGGUUUCAGGGCUCAGCUGGCAUUGGAACAAUCUGGAAUAGACGUCCCUGAGAAAUAAACUUCACAAGUGAAUGAAA